AUGCAUGAUGAGAUGUGGGAUGUGAUCACUGAUGGACCUAUUCAGAUUCUACAAGUAAACCCCAAUCGUGUUGCCACUGAUCCAACAUCACCAGAGAUGAUUCCUAAGGAGAAAUCCUUGUUGACCACCGAAGAGAGAACCCGAGUAAAUCUCGACAACAUAGCAAAGGACAUACUCUACAAGGCUUUGGACGAAUCAUUGUUUCCGAGCGUACGAAAGUGCAAGAAUGCUCAAGACAUCUGGGAUGUACUUAUGCUCAUAGGCGAUGGAGACGAACAAGAGAAGGAGAACAAGUUAACAAUUGUCAUGAAGAAGUUUGAAGAUUUCAAACUCAAACCAAAGGAGUCCAUAACUGAAAUGGAAGCUCGGUUCAUAAAGUUAUUGAUGGAGAUCAACGAUCUUGAUGAGAAAAAGCUAUCACAAAAGGAGAUAAACUUGAAGAUUCUCCGAGGACUACCCAAAAGCUGGGAAAUGAAAGUAGUAGCUAUGCGCGAUCAUAGAGACCUCAAGACAACGAGCACUACUCAGAUCUUUAGUGAUCUGAACGCCUACGAGUUUGAGAAGGAAACACAAAAUGAUGAAGAACCUGAGACGAGAAACAUAGCCUNAACACAAAAUGAUGAAGAACCUGAGACGAGAAACAUAGCCUUAGUUGCAAAUCAUCAACCUUCAUCAUCAACACCAAGGUUCACAAGAUUCAUGCGAAAGAAUCAGUCCUACGAUAACUCUGACAAGACGAGAAGAACGAAGUAUCGAAGCAAUGACAAAGCAAGUGGAUCCAGAACACAUGAAAAGGAUGAAAUACAAGUGUUGUGUUACAACUGCCGAAAACCUGGACACUUCAAAGCUGAAUGUCCAUAUCCCAUUGUCAAGAAGCAUCAGGACGAGCACAACUACAAGAAGAAUUCGGGAAACUAUCACAACCUGAAGAAUGCACCAAAUGAUGUUGACGAGGAGCCAAACAAAAAUCAGAAGAAUGAUCUAGCUGUAGAAGAGAAGUCAGGAGACAAAAACGAUGAGUCAUGCACGUCCAGCUCUAGUUCAGAAAGUGACAGUUCGGAGGAUGAGAAGGGACUACUGUGUCUCUUCAGUCAAGAGGACUCAGAUGAAGAGCUGUGUCUUAUGGCAGAUGAAGAAGAGGUAACUUCACAAAACCACUCUUCUAUUUAUAGUUCCGAAUCCACAUAUCAUGAAAACCCUAGGGAAGCAUUCGAAAGAAUGAUGAAGAGUUUUGAUGGUAUUGAGGAUUCACACUUCAAGCUCAAAGAAGAGAAUGCCAAGCUAUUGGCAGAAAGACAAGAUCUCGAGGACUUAAGGUCCAAAAAUGCUGAGAUGCUUGAAUCUAUAAGCCAGCUUGAGAAGCAAGUUCAUCUUCUUGAGGAAGAGUGUAAAGCAAAGGAUGAUAGAGAGCAAAAUUUGCGUAUGAUCAAAGACCAUCAGGGAGUAGAACCGGACUCGGUUAUAACUCCAGCUCCCAUCAACAUGUCCUCCUAUCACGAUCAACUGAUCCUUCUACCAGUGGAGGAUUAA